GGCAGAAACAACUGAGCCACUGGACUUCUGCUUUACAUUGAGAGCUCAGGAGGGGCGUUUCAUUUUUCCUGCAUCUGGGGAGCCUGCAAGGCUAUGCCCUUUGACCUUUGACAUCUGUGCAGCCCGAUAACCUGGCAUUCCAUAUGAAGAACGGGAUGAGAAACUUCAGGUAUAAGCCAGCAGACUACCAACAGUUAUACGCCUUAACCAAAGCCACCAAGUUAGCGUCUGCUUCUGCGGAGAAGAAGAUCAGAAAAGCCAUGGAGACUUCAAAGGUGGCUAAAGAGCAAAUGUUGGUCAAACAACACAAGCAGGUGUGGUGGCAGGAACAGGAGCGGCUGCAGGGAACCAGAUGUAAAUUGGAGUCGGAAAUAAAAUCUUGUCUCAAUGAAGAGAGCCUUGGAAAUGAAUGCUUUUGUGAGCUUAUGAAUUUUGAGAAAGAGCUGGCAGAACAAUGGUGCACAUAUCUUAAAGCUGUGAUCCACCCUAUUCAUCAGCUGAGAACACACCUGAAGAGACAGCGCCAAACUUCCCAGCAUGCACCCUGCCAUACUGGAUCUAAUUCAGCAAUGGUUCUGGAAGAGGUUGACUUUGUCAGGAAACAAUCCAAGGCUGUCUUUGAAAACCUUAACCAGGAGCAACAGAAACUAGAAAAAGACCUUUCAGCCUGGAGUGUGAAGUUACUAGAUUACCCUUCGGAAGAAAAGGCUAACCUGCUCAGCGAACACCCUACGGAGCUAGAAACUUUGGAGUGCCCGUACCCCGAUCUGAAAUCGUCAGUCCUUAAUGAGUUCUGGAACUUGACAGAGAAAUAUCAAAAGAAACUUGAAGACUUUGAUCUGCAAUUAGAAGACAUACGCAGAAACUUCCAGCUAAGCGAAGAAGAGCAGUGGAUUUACCAGGCUGUCUUAGAUCAGUACCCUGGAAAUCUCCUUGGCAGAAGGACUCUGUACUUGGACAUGUUACAAAGAUACUUUCCUCACAAAUCCAGGCAUCUUUUGGUAGAACAUGAGAAAUAUUGUGACCAGUAUCACUUUGCUGGAGAGCAGAGAAGAAUCCUGAUAGACAGUUGGACCAAAAGCAGAAAAGACUUCAUACAGAAAGCUCUGCUGACCCUCCUUGAGGCCUGUGCAGCCCAUGAGAUGGAGAGCAUGCUGGCCAAAGACAGGAAACGGCAGCAGGAGCUGUGUGCUGAUCUGAAGGCCAAGGUUUCUCAAUGGCGAGCCCACCAGGAAGAGCUAGCGAGACUGGAAAUGGAAAUUUCCAUCAGAAGAAGAGAAAGGGAGGAGGAGAAAGAGAAACUUUGGAAAGAGAAGGAGUUGCUGCAGAGGGAGGAGACGAAGACAAAGAUAAGGAAAUACUGGGCUGAGAAGCAGCAGAAGUGGCAAGACAUGGAAAUGAGAGAUCUCCAGCGACUGGAAGAACUGACAGCAUUCAUGGCUGAGCAGUCAGUGAAAGACAGAGAAAGGGUUAAAUAUAGACAAGAAUUACUGGAGAAGCGUUUGAUGGAGAGGAAAAAAGUGGCCCUUCAAGAAGUUCAGGAAGAGGAAGAGCGAGAGAGGCGGCUGGAAGCCCUUCGAAAACAGGUUGCUGUUGUCGUUCAGUCUGAUCCAGUUAGGAUGAUGUCAGACACAAUGGCAUGGAAAGCUAGGACGGGCCCUGAACGUGAAGAUGAAUUCAUCCUUCAGAAGCCUCUCUUCACACUGACUACGUACAACGAGCAGCAGAUAACUUCUGAUCCUAGACUUAGAUUUGAGCUAGCGCUUCGUGAAGCUGGACUCCAUAAGACACAGUACGCCAAAGAGAUGCUACCAAAAAUCGGUCCUCUGAAGCCUCCAAGGAAGGACACAGAGUCGUCUGUAUUCAAAACCUAGAGGGCACAUGUAAACAGUAUAUGGAUACGGAUAAUGUUGAUCACCACUUCUGGAUGCUUAAUAACCACCAGACAUAGAAAUCAUAGCAUUUAUUAAACAGCUUUGCCUUUUUUAACUUUCAAAGUUUUAUGCACUAUUCCAUUUUUCUUUAGGUAACCAAAUUCACCAAAUUUAUGGGACUUUGGUAUAUAUGGUGUCGUUUGGUAGGGCGCUAUUUUGGAGGAUUUCUUCCAGAAGUUUAAAAUAACCAUUUGUAGGAAGCGCAUCUUCCACAGAGCUACUUUUCUUUCUGUUUGUUCUUCCAUAAUUUGACUUUUAAUUAUGGAAGCUCUACUAUCAGUUACGCUUAUAUUGUUUUUGUGUGUGUGUGUGUGUGUGUGUGUGUGUAUUUGAAGGAGGAGAUUUAGCCUUUCGCUGUAUUUAGAAACCAGUUUGAUACAUCAUGCUUACUGCAAAUCAGUCAUCUGAACAAUCUAUUUGCAAAUUUGCCUUAAGAGGACAAUAGAAGUGGUGUCUCCAUCAUGGGAAUACUGAUUUUGUCUGGGAAGACAUGGCUGUGUGGUUGUUUAGAAGGAAAACUGAAAUUUUAUGAUACUUCAAAUAUCAAAAGUUGCAAAUUACCUAAGAAAUACCUAAAUGAUUUUCUUGAAGAGAAGUAUUUCAUAUAAAACUCGCCCAUAAAUUCUCGGCUACUUCUAAAAAGCAGUGAUUCCAGCAAGAAAAUGUGUUGUUAAAGCUUCCUGAUGUAGUAGUAGGAAGACUAGCUAUUUUUCCCCUCUUUAUUGCGAUUCCCCUGUAUUUCCCAUUUACCUCUAGCAUGGGGUUGUUGUCUCUAGGUACUUAUGAGAAUGCCCUACAAACCAGAAAAUCCAAGGCUGAGGAUGAGGGUCAGUUAGGAGAGGGUGUGCCUAGUAUGCCCAAAGCCCUGACUUCGAUCCCCAGCACCCUAUAAACUCAGUGUGGUAGCACACACCUGUAAUUCCAGCACUCAGGAGAUGGGGAACAGGAGAAUCAGAGGUUCAAGGUCAUCCUUGGCUGUAUGGUAGUUUACAGCCAGCCUGUACUACAGGAGACCCCACUGAAAAAAAGAGAGAGGGGGAGAUGAAGAGAGAAAAAGUGCAGGGGAGACGAAGGAAUGGGAGAUAAAAUGCAGGAAAAGACAAAAGAGCAGCAUGGAAAACAGUCUGAUUGGGACUCUUCAUGAUCACCCUCGGAAUCGUGAGUUUAAGGAAAACCAACCCAGCCUGUUGGUAUACAGUUCCUUAUUUAGAAGAGGUCCCACAGGGGAAAAAAAAAUCUUACCCAUACUCCACAAUUCAUCCCAAUGCCUUCCUCCUUCAGCUCUGUGCAUCACUUAUAAUAUUUCAUCAAAAAGUGGAGAGAUCUUUAGGAAAAGGUGGAGAGUGUUGGGCAUGGAUUUGACUUGGGUAUUUUUCAAGGGGUUAGAAAUGUUAUUUUUAUGGGGCCCUGACUAUAAACCCAUGAAAACCUGCUGUAACAGAAAACACCCUGUGCGGACAGCAAGACACGGAUGAUGCUGAGUCUGUGGAUCCUCACGGACAUGGGAAUCCAUAGCAGAGUCCUGGAAUCACAUUCAAACACUAGUAAAAUAUUAAUUCUUUUUUACACUCUCUUAAUAGCUCAAGCUUCCUGGCUGGUGCCACCUUCUUAGCAUGUAGCACUGCCAUUCUGAGAGAGAGGACGACGUCAUGUGUGCUGUGAUGAGAACCGAAUUGUAAUCUGGGCAGCAGUCUAGCCCUUGGCUGUGCGCAGACUCCGAUGCUAAUAGUUUUUUAUUGUUUCUUUAAUUGUACUAAUAGCAGCUAUUUAUUAUUGAGUGUAAGCUGAAAACUUAGCAUCAGUAUGUGCUUUCCAUAUGUCUGAUCACCCUCACAGUCUUAUGAUAUGGUUCUUGUCAUUUUAAAGAUCUAAAAACAAGUUCAAGAGGAUGAGAUAAUAUACAUUUGUCAGUUGUCUUUAAGCAGAGACAUUACACUAAUGUAGUGAGUCCUGACCGUUUUUAAGUAAAAUGAAAGAAAACGAUCUGAAAUCUAAAUGAUGAAUAAACACACAAGAAGACUGAAAAAAAAAUGCUUAUUCAGCCCCCCAGUGAAGGACCAGCCCCCAGUGAAGUCCAGCCACCAGACAGUCAGCAUUGUCAAUGGAGGUAGCAGCCGCAGGGAAAUGGGAAGACUGUGCGUGGUGGCACAGGCUGUCAUCCCAGCGUUUGGAAAGGGGACAUAGCAGGGUCAGGAAUUCCAGGUUGCCCUCAGCUAUAUAUGGGUGGAGCCAGCCUAGGCUGCAUGGUACAAAGCCAAAGGGGCAGAACCAGCUGUGUGGUGGGCACAUCUGUAAUAGGAGCACUUGGGAGGUGAAAGCAGAGGAUUAGGGGUUCAAGGGCAGUCUCAUGUAUACAGAAGUGUAUCAGACACGGUCGGAGAAAGGAAAGAAGAGGAAAUAGGAAGCACGGGUUAGUGUGCUAACACUAAAAUAAUAAGCACUUUUAUCAUCUAGAUUUCAGACUAUCUUCUUUCACUUUACUUAAAAAUGGUCAGGACUCACUUGUAGCUGGAGACUUCUCUCUUUCCCUCCCCGUCCUGCUGGACCAGUUUCUCUCCCACACACCGGCACCCCAGCUGCUUACAGAAUAAUCAUUUGGAGGCUUAAUAUUAAUACUAAUUAUAAUUGUGUGGCUGAUGGCUCAGGAUUCUUACUGCCUAGCUCUACAUAUGAAUUCAUUCAUUUCUACUAAUCCAUGUAUCGCCAUGCUUACCGGUAAUACUGGGGCAUCUUACUCCUCCAGUAACUACUGGCAUCUCCCCGACUCCACCUUCUUUCUCUCUGUAUCUCUGCUUGAAUUUCUCACCUAGCCAUAUUCUGCCCUGCCAUAGGCCAAGGCAGCUUCUUUAUUAACCAAUGGUAAUAAAACAUAUUCACAGCAAACAGAGGGGAAUUCCACAGCACUCAUUGCACUAAUUUGAUAUCUCUAUUUGAAGGCAACUGAUAAAUGUAUAUUAUUUCAUCUUUCUGAACUUAUUUCUGUAUCUUUAAAAUGACAAAGGGCACCCUUGCCUGCUGAGAUAGUGGUUUUUCUAACCUUUGACUCAGCAACUCUCCCCCUAGAUAUAUGCAAUUGAGAAGCCCCUACAUCAGUGUGGGGUGGCAGACACUGGGGUUCAGAAAAGAAAACAAACAAAAUUUCAUCAGUUCCAAACUGGACAGAUAUAAAAAUUAUGGUAUAUUUGUUUAUGAAAUUACAUAUCACAAAGGAAAUGGGGGAAUUUUAUCGAUAUGUGCAUUAUAUUUACCAAAAGGAAUGAAGUGUCAUAUUUCAUUUAUCUAAAAGAACAAAAACUUGCUAAGAUGAUCUGUAAUGCUUAUGGAUACACGGGAGGCAAAGCAAUAAAGAAAAGCAAGAAAAUAAAAAUCAAGGUGAGGAUUGUCUUGGGUGAUUAGGGAGACAGGAAGGAUUGAAGCCCCACAAGUUCCUGAAGGUGUCAUAUUGCUUAACCAAAUGUGACUGCAGAAUGUUUCUGAGCUUCUCAGGACCAUGUAUGUAAUUUGCAUACUGUUAUGUGACAAAUUCCAGGAAAAUAAAAAGGAACAUAAAAAGCAAAUAAUUAAAAACAUAAUUUGUUAAUGUACAUGUGCAUCAAGAAUGGUCUUUUCAGUUGAGAUCUGGUAUAAUAGACCCAGUCUGCAUACAUUUCUGAGGUAAGAAGACCUCUCCCUUGUUGGGAGUCUUGCUUCUCUUGACAUGUUCUUGC